ACGAUUUAUUGCGACGGUCUCCGAUUUCGCCCUACACCGAUGAAUUUUCGUUGAUUCCAUUCCAUCGGAAUGGUGCAACACUACUAGACUAGAUCCGCCACUUCUCCUCUCUUCUUCUUGAAUCUUGAUUGCACACGUCUUUUUCCAUACCAGAAUUGAAUUGAAUUGAAGAAGAAGAAGAAGAAUGCAGAAUUACCCGGAAGAGCUGCGGACUCCACCGGUGAGGUUGAUUUCGCUCGUCGGGUGCCCUGAGCUUCAUCCCACCAUCUCCUCUCACCUCCUCUCCGAGCAGCCUCCGAUCCACACCCUCGCCUUCCCCGACCUCUCCAAGAUCUCCUUCCUCCUCCCCCCUCCUUCCCCCAAGGAUUCCCCCGAACCCGCUCUCUCUUCUCCCCCUCCCGGUAUCCUGAAGAGGGAUUGGCUUCUUAAGCAUCGGACUAAACUCCCUGCUGUUGUCGCUGCUCUCUUCCCUUCUCACCAUGUUUCUGGUGAUCCUGGCCAGUGGCUUCAGCUCUGCUCCGAUCUCGAUCACCUCAAAGCUGUGACUCGUUCGAGGAACAUCAAAUUAGUUGUCAUUAUUGUCAAUUCCGAUUCCAACGAUUAUAUCAACGAAGAUCGAAUGGUUGCUCUACGCAAACGUGCUGAAGUAGACUCAAAAUAUGUUGUCUUUGUUAAGCCUAAUGAUGCUUCGGAACUUAAGCAAUCACUUCACAGGCUACGGAACUCCUUCUCGGAACUAGCAAAUACGUACUACAAAGAUGAAGGAAGAAAGGUGAAAACACGUAUUGAGAAGAGGAAUUACAAUUACGCCGAGUUGCACGUUCGGUAUUGUUUUAAAGCUGCCGUUUACGCAGAGUUUCUAAGUGACUGGAUUGAAGCUUUACGGUUUUAUGAGGAUGCCUACAACAAGUUGUGGGAGUUGUCUGGGACACCAAAAAGAUCACAAUCAAUUCAGCAGUUGGUUGAGAUUAAAAUGAAUGCAGAGCAGUUGCAUUUUAAAAUAUCAACAUUGUUAUUGCAUAGUGGAAAGGUCAUUGAAGCAGUGACAUGGUUCCGUCAACACUUUACCUUGUACAGCAGGCUAGUUGGAGAGCCAGAUAAUGCAUUUCUUCACUGGGAAUGGAUGAGUAGACAAUUUUUGGUAUUUGCCGAGUUGCUGGAGACAAGCUCAGCAACUAGUCUUAGCAUUUCAUCACUGGGUCUAGGCACGGGAAGCAAGCCUUUAACUGAAUGGGAGUUUCAUCCAGCUCAUUACUAUCAGUUAGCUGCUAACUACCUGAAGGAGAAGAGAUUGUCUUUUGAAUUGAUGCUGUCAAUGUACAUUAAUGUGGAUGAAUUGGAAAGCACUACCGAGUCUUUGGUACCUUCUGCAUAUGUGGGCCAGUAUUCUAGGUUACUUGAAGAAGCCGAUGUAAUGGUUAUGCAAGCUGUUACUGAUAAAGAGUAUUUGAAAAAUACCAUUGCUGAAGGAAAGAAGCAUCAAGAUCCAUUUAUGAUGAUUACUAUUCUCAAAAAAGCUUACGAGUCAUAUAGUAAUUCCAAAGCCCAGAGAACGAGCUCCUUUUGUGCAUUCCAGAUAGCUAAAGAGCAUUAUGAAAUGGGCGAUUUAGAUGAUGCCAAAAAACUUCUUGAUAAUGUUGCAAGUUUAUAUAGAAGAGAGGGAUGGGUUACUUUGUUAUGGGAAGUCCUCAGUUACCUACGAGAGUUGUCUAGGAAACAUGGUAGCGUGAAAGAUUAUUUGGAGUACUCUCUUGAAAUGGCUGCACUUCCCAUAUCAUCUGAUGUUCAUAUGCUGUCUCUCAGAUCCAAAGAUUGUUGCCCAGUGGGCCCUGCAACUCUAGAACAGAGGGAAAAAAUCCACAACGAAGUAUUUAAUCUUGUACAUGAAGAAUCAGUGUUGGCCUCAGUUGAACAUGGCAAAGAGCUCAAAGUAACGGGAGAUAAUCCUGUACAUCUUGAAAUUGAUCCAGUGAGCCCUCUUAGAUUGGUGCUUCUUGCUUCAGUUGCUUUUCACGAACAAGUAAUCAAGCCUGGGGUGUCUACUUUGAUUACCGUGUCACUUCUUUCUCACUUGCCCCUAACCAUUGAACUCGAUCAGUUAGAAGUUCAUUUCAAUCAACCAGAGUGUAACUUUAUCAUUAUGAAUGCUGAAAGACUUCCUUCAGCUGUGAUCGCCAGUGAUCAACAAGAUCUCAGAGUUGAGCAAGCUUCUUCUCUUGCACUUUUCUCGAAUAAAUGGCUACGAAUGACUUAUCAAAUCAAAUCUGAUCAAAGUGGGAAGCUCGAAUGCACCUCUGUUAUUGCAAAGAUACGACCAAACUUUACAAUAUGUUGCAGAGCCGAAAGCCCCGUUUCAAUGGAUGAUUUACCUCUUUGGAAGUUUGAAGAUCAUGUGGAGACACUUCCAACGAAGGAUCCCGCACUAGCCUUUUCUGGCCUGAAGGCAACCCAGGUUGAAGAGCUUGACCCAGAAGUAGAUCUUACUUUAGGCGCUUCUACCCUUGCACUAGUUGGAGAGACUUUCAUAGUACCUGUAACUGUAGUCUCCAAGGGUCCUGAUAUCUAUUCUGGCGAGUUAAAGAUCAACCUGGUUGAUGUGCGGGGGGGUGGUUUGUUUAGCCCGAGGGAAUCAGAACCCUUUUCUGAUAGCCAUGUUGAGCUUCUUGGUAUUUCUGGAAUAGAAGAUGAUGCGGAAUCACAUUUGAUUUCUGAUGACUCAAUGAAGAUCAAGCAGUCCUUUGGACUGGUUUCUGUUCCAUUUCUAAAAAGUGGAGAGUCCUGGUCCUGCAAACUGCAAAUUAAGUGGCAUCGAGCUAAGCCCAUUAUGCUUUAUGUGUCCCUGGGUUAUUCUCCACUUAGCCAAGAACUAAAUGCUCAGAAAACAAAUGUCCACAGGAGCUUGCAGAUUGACGGAAAGGCUGCUGUCACAAUUGGUCAUCACUUUUUGCUGCCUUUCCGGCGGGACCCUUUGUUGCUCUCAAGGACUAAAGCAGUCCCUCAGUCUGAUCAGUCAUUAUCAUUGCCUCUAAACGAAACCUGCAUACUGGUUAUCAGCGCCCGGAAUUGCACUGAGGUCCCGUUGCAACUAUUAUCCAUGUCAAUUGAAAUAGAUGAUAAUGACGGGAUUGAGAGUUCUUGUUCCAUAAAAAGUGCUAGUGGUAAUCUUGUAGAUCCAGCUAUCCUCAUGUCUGGAGAAGAAUUUAAGAAGGUUUUUACUGUCACUUCGAAGAUAAAUUCAUCAAAGCUUAGGUUAGGAAAUGUGUUACUAAGGUGGAGAAGAUACUCAGGGACUAAAGACCAAUAUGAUUCUAAUGUAGCUUCAGUCUUGACUACGCAGAUGCUUCCUGAUGUAGAUAUAGAGUUUUCACCUUUAAUUGUGUGCAUGGAGAGUCCUCCUUAUGCCAUCCUCGGAGAUCCAUUCACCUACUUCAUAAAGAUUAAAAACCAAUCAAAGUUAUUACAGGAAGUCAAGUUUUCUUUAGCAGAUGUACAGAGUUUUGUGAUAUCUGGUUCUCAUGAUGAUACAAUUUCAAUUCUCCCAAAAUCCGAGCAUGUUCUUGGCUACAAGCUGGUUCCUUUGGCCUCAGGUAUGCUCCAGUUGCCCAGAUUUACUUUAACCUCAGCAAGAUAUUCUGCUAGCUUUCAGCCUUCAAUGGCGGAAUCUACUGUCUUUGUGUUUCCAUCAAACCCCCCCUGCGAGUUGGCUGAAAAGGGAGACGCAGGACCAGAGACUUGUGGUCCAAUAUCUACCAGCCUUUCUUGAAGGAAGUGACUUCUGGACUGACGUGGGGAUGUUUUCAGUAUUCCAACUUCUGAUAUUUCUGAUUGAUUAGCUGGAGUGAUGUGGGGGUUGGCUUUAGUAUUUCAACUCCCGAUAAUCAUAUAUAUCUGAAUCUAUGAUUAAUUAGACGAAGACAGGGACUCAGAUUUUGUCGAGGCCAGCAGUUGCGUGCACAAGAGUUUGUAAUUACACCUUAAAAAGAAGUGACGUCAUGAGGAAACAUUUCCUUCCCAAACAAAAGGCAAAAAGGAAGUCCAUUCAUCAUCAUCAUCCAUCCCACUUCAACCUCCACACUUCACUCAUGGUGGGGCUCAACCUUCAAGUUGAUUAGUCCAUUGACAGGCAUCCCAGCGAACCCGAAACAUCGGCCGAAUCCGAAUCAUAGUACACAGAAGGAAGCUGAGUUCUCCUGGAGACAUGUCAAUUACAUCACGAAGUUAAGAUAAAGCGACCCAAUACAAUAUUGGUUGAAAAGGAAAGAUUGCAGCCAUCUCCACACCAACUAUUUUGGUACUCUGCUUUUUAACUUGUUUUAGCUGUUUAUAAACAAACAUGAUCGAGUAUACUAUAUAGAUUUAUUGUAUUGACAAGAACCUCGCCCUGGUUUGGUUUGGUUCCAAUAGAAUUGUGAUUAGAUUCA